AUGACUACCACCAAGACAAGCCAGGAUGGCUCUCACCCUGACAGCUCAGUGGUUGCUUCUGCCUCAAAGAGCCCCCCAACACAGAUGCAUAUCAACAAAGGUUCCACCCUAACCCCCUCUGAUGGCUCAGGGGACUCAGCAGGGUGGUCAGCCACUGUGAAGACCCCAGGCUCAGGGACCACCAGAGCCACAGCCAGUCAGACCAGGGGAGCAGGAGCAAAGACCACAGAUACACGUUACGCCAAAAAGAACAUCCCUACUGUCAGAUAUCAUCCUGACAUUUCAGAGAAGAAACCUGAGGCCCAUCAGCAUAGUCAUAGCCCUGUCAAGUGCAGCCAGGUCAGGGGUAAGCCUGUGGUCUCUCCCCCCAGGACCAACCAGGUUGGGGGGAGCUCCAUGGUCUCUCCCCCCAGGCCCGAAGCCCUGCCCCUGGGGUUAGGGCAGAAGAUGGAGGGUGGUGUUGUGGAGGCGGUGGAGCUCCAGACCCGGGGCCAGAGAGAGAACCCCAGCUGGUUCUCCUGGCGUAAAAACCGCAUCACAGCGUCCGUGGCUCACCGCCUCGCCCACAGCCGCUUCGUCACCGGCCAGAGCCAGACCCCACCCGCUUCCUAUCUGGCCGCAAUCACCGGCUGCGGCCCCAACAUCAAAACCCGCGCCAUGACCUGGGGCAUCGAGCGGGAGGCCGAGGCCGUGCGGAGGUACCAUUUAUGUAUUUACUGUAAUUGUCCUGCAAUUGUUUUAAAUAGGGAGGACGGCUCAUAAAUGGCUGGAACGGAGCAAAUGGAAUGGCAUCAAACCAUGUCUGAUGUAUUUCAUAUCAAUCCACCCAUUCCACUCCAGUCAUUACCACAAGCCCGUCCUCCCCAAUUAAGGUCCACCAACCACCUGUGUUUUCUAUGGCUGUAAAGAUGACAAACUCAUUUCCCCUCAGAGAUUAAUAAAUUACAAUCUCAUCUCAUCUAUUCUCAGAUAUCAGAGCCUCAAGAGCAAGGCCCUGGGCCGGGUGGUGAGGGUGCAGGAGUGUGGCCUGUUCAUCGACCCCCAGCACCCCUGGCUAGCAGGCAGCCCUGACGGCAUCGUAGAGGACCAGAGGACCGGCCAACGGCUGCUCUGCCUGGAGGUCAAGUGUCCCUACAAGCACCGUCAGAACACUGUAGCCCAGGCCUGUAGAGAGGACCCAGCCUUCUGCCUGACGAUACAGGACCAGGGGGAGGAGGUGGGACAGGUUAGUUAGGACAUGAUGUUUGUUGUAUCAUUGUACGCCAAGAUUUUUUGAUGACCAGUUAACCCCUUAACCAAAGAGCACCUUCAAUCUACAAAGAUCUAUCUACUAGUGUAUUCUAGCAGCGCUUCCCAAUAAUUUUUUCUCUACAGGUGAGGUACCAUCUGAAACCAGACCACAGCUACUACACCCAGAUCCAGUGCCAGCUGGCGGUGACGGGGUUAACCCAGGCUGACCUAGUGGUGUUCACCCUGAAGGAAACAGCCAUCAUCCCUGUGACCUUUGACCCUGCGUUCUGGGACGACACCCUGGCCAAGCUGGAGAUGUUCUACACCGACGCUGUCCUGCCCUACGUCAGAGACAGACUGGACAUACCAGCCAUGAGGCCGGAGAAGUAG